CAUCGUAUGAUUCGACAGUGUUGGGCAAGUCCUUGAAUCUCGUGUCUAUAAUUAAGCCGUGGUUUGCCCUAUGGUUAAGCCGUCCUAUCGGCUUUCUUUUCCUCCAAGAUAAAUAUGUAAACCCUAUCCUAUAUGCUUCGUUUUCAGUACACCUAAAAAGUGAACUGUAUUUCACAGGUGACACUUCUUGACCAUUUUCGCGCCAAAGAUCUACUUUUUCUUGUUCAAGAAUACGCGGGAACUUCACUCCUUCGAUGCAUUCAAGAAUAUUUCUUCUCUGAAGAAAUGGCGAGAAAUUUCUUCGUUCAGAUUGUUAACGGGGUGAAGUAUUUGCAUGGAAAGGGAGUAGCGCAUAGAGAUCUCAAACUUGAGAACAUCAUACUGGGUGAAGAUGGCACAAUCAAACUCUGCGACUUCGGAUUGGCUUGUGAGUUUACUCCGGGUGGAAAUGAUGUGACGACAGGUAAAUGCGGAACAGUUCACUACGCUGCACCAGAACUCAAAUCAAGUCAUUCGUACGCAUAUAGAGCUCAACCUGCAGAUGUAUGGAGUUUAGGAGCAGUGUUGUAUGUUCUGUGUCAUCGUCGAAAACUGAAAAACAAACGAUCAAGUGAAUGUAUUCAACGGAAAUUGGAACUUUCAUCCAGACUCAGUGACGAUUGUUGCGACAUAAUCCGUCAAAUGCUACGGUGUCAUCCACUGGAACGAAUCACAGUGACCGAGAUUCUGAAUCAUCCAUGGAUGACAAUCAAUCCAGAUCAGGAGGCAAAGUCUAGGAAACUAAGAAUGGCUCCAACGCUAUCAACGUCAUCUGAAAGUGUCUCAGUUUACAGCAGUCGAUUUAAAAGACCAAUCACCUCAGUUCACCAACGUUUUGGUUCUGGAUCAAGCAUCGCAUCUUCAAGUGGGAGCAACAUUCUAAUUAAAGCUGCGCCGGAGGUUGGCAAAAAUAUUUACGCUGACUAUUCAACUGAUCCAGGCAACAGCAGAACUAUUGCUCAGAAGCCACGAAGAAUAUGAAUCAACAAACCCUGUUUUGCAGUUUAUAUUUUGAAUGUAUAUUGUUGAAGAAUUUUGUUGCACACUAACUUAAUGUAUUUUUGUAACGUUUCGUCUGCCAGGGUCACUUAGAA